AUGGAUUUCGACACGAAAAGGGUGAUCGUCGAUACUCUUCGCUCUAACAGCUACCCCAACAACUUGAUUGGAAGGUUAGUGAAUGAGGAGAGAGGAGUGAGGAGAGCGGAACAAAAUACCACGGACACAGAUAUACAACGAAAAUAUAUGUCUCUAACGUAUGUUCCUGGACUCAGUGAAAGAAUGAAGAGAACUUUUGGACAAUUUUCUAGAGACAUCACACUGAGCCUAAAGUCGCGACACAACACUGGGGUAUUGUACACGAACCUUAAGGACAAGAUACCUAUUUUAGAUAAGUCAAAUAUGAUCUACAAAAUCCCAUGUGAAUGCGGUAGAUCAUAUAUUGGGAGAACCUCACAGAAAUUAUCUACACGUAUUAAACAACACAAACUCACAACCAGAGACAUCACGAAAGAGUCUUCAUCACUUGUACGCCACAUGCGAGAACAGGACCCCAGAUUUGAUUUCGAUGACGUAUCAAUUCUGGACGAGGCACAAUAUUCCCACCAUUUGAACGUCAUGGAGUGUUAUUAUAUUCAACUCUAUCGAACGGGAUCAGUCAAUUGUCGCCAGGAGGGAGCUGAGCUGCACAAUUGCUACAGUCCAGUGAUCUGGGAGGCGUCCAGAAGAUUGUUGCUCUAA